AUGACCACCGUGAACGAUUCGGUCCAGCUCGGCGGUGAUUUGGACGCAGUCGGGGAGCUUCUCCGAGCAGAGGAGAGCUACUACUCCCUCAACGACGAAGAGCUCGCGUUCUUGAAGUCGCAGACGGGAAUCCAGGAUGAAGAUGCGCUGAAGGCGCAUAUAAUCAAGGUCCGAGCACUGGCAUUUGCGGUCUUCCCGUACGUAUGUAUCCGUCGCUUCAUGUUUACCAAGCUCAAGAUCUCCUGCAUGCCCAAGUACGAUCGUCUCUUGAAGCUCGGGCGUGAACGCACGGGCGCGAUCUUCCUCGACAUCGGCUGUUGUUUCGGGAACGAUGUGAGGAAGGCUGUUGCCGACGGUUUUCCCAUCGAGAACGUGAUCGCGUCUGAUCUUGAGCAAGAAUUCUGGAACCUUGGUCACACGUUGUUCAACUCUACGCAGGAUACAUUCCCAGUGCCCUUCGUCCAUGGCGAUGCCUUGGACCAAGCGUUCCUUCCCGUAUCACCCCCGCUGCGGUUCCCUGCAGAAACACCUGCGCCAGCGCUCUCCUCCCUCACUUCUCUCGCACCUCUACAUGGACGCGUUUCCGCCAUCCACGCCUCUGCGCUCUUCCACCUCUUCCUCGAGUCUCCGCAGGCGCAGCUUGCACGCGCGCUCGGGGGUCUCCUCUCGCCCGUCCCCGGCUCCAUCAUCUUUGGCGCGCACGCCGGGAUGCCGACCCCAUGUGCAUUGGAAGAGUCAGACAGCGCUCGGAAGAAGCACUAUUUCUGUCACUCCCCGCAGAGCUGGACAGGGCUGUGGGAGGAGGUGUUUGGGAAGGGUGCAGUAAAGGUGGAGGCCCAGUUAGACCCGGCGAAUAUCGUGCCGACGGCGGAUAAUAGGCCUGGAAGGUAUACGCUGGUCUGGUCCGUAACGCGGGUGUGA